UGGUGGUCGGGCUGCCUCCUCUGCUGGUUGGGUUAGAAGAGGCCGCGGGCGUUCGGCCCCGGCUGCCAGCCCGAAGCGGUGGCCCUGAGUGUCGAGUUCGAGACUUCCUUCUGGGCGGACCAGGCUCCACCCUUUCGUCCUGCUCCGGUGGGCGGGUUUCAGGAGAAAGAGUAGUGAUGAUGCGGGUGUGCUGGUUGGUGAGACAGGACAGCCGGCACCAGCGAAUCAAACUUCCCCAUUUGGAAGCAGUUGUGAUUGGUCGAAGCCCAGAGACCAAGAUCACAGAUAAGAAAUGUUCUCGACAGCAAGUACAGUUGAAAGCAGAGUGUAACAAGGGCUAUGUCGAAGUAAAGCAGGUGGGGGUCAAUCCCACCAGCAUUGACUCCGUCAUCAUUGGGAAGGACCAAGAGAUGAAGCUGCAGCCUGGCCAGGUUCUCCACAUGGUGAAUGAACUUUAUCCAUAUAUUGUAGAGUUUGAGGAAGUAGCAAAGAGUCCUGACCUAGAAACACAAAGGAAGAGAAAGAGGUCAGACUGUGAUGGUGAGGAGAUGGAUGCUGCUCAGGAAGCGGAGUCUGGGACAGGGCUAGCACCUGGGAGCAGCCCCAGCCAGUGCUCUGUGCCUUCUAAGAAGGGCAAGGAUGGAGUCACCAAAGAGGAGUCACUGGGCCACUGGAGUCAAGGCUUGAAGGUUUCUAUGAAAGACCCCAAAAUGCAGGUUUACAAAGAUGAGCUGGUGGUGGUGAUUAAGGAUAAAUAUCCCAAGGCCCGUCACCAUUGGCUGGUCUUACCAUGGGCCUCCAUUUCCAGUCUGAAGGUUGUGACCAGUGAACACCUUGACCUUCUCAAACAUAUGCACACUGUAGGGGAAAAGGUGAUUUCGGAUUUUGCUGGAUCCAGCAAACUGAGAUUCCGGUUGGGUUACCAUGCUAUUCCCAGUAUGAGCCAUGUACACCUUCAUGUGAUCAGCCAGGAUUUUGAUUCUCCUUGCCUUAAAAACAAAAAACAUUGGAAUUCUUUCAAUACAGAAUACUUUCUGGACUCACAAGCUGUGAUCAAGAUGGUGGAAGACACUGGCCGAGUGACUGUUCAAGAUGGGACUUCUGAACUCCUGAAGCUGCCUCUCCGUUGCCACGAGUGUCAGCAGCUGCUGCCCUCCAUCCCGCAGCUGAAGGAGCACCUCAGGAAGCACUGGGGCGGGUGACCGUCCCCGGCGGCCGGGUGCAAUGCCAGCGUGUGUCCGCAGUGCCCGUGCCCGUGCAGUCCUGAACUAAAGCAUGCAACUUUUCAAAACAAAGCUUAUUUAUUCUUGAGCGGCCACACACAGGGACUGGUAGUUCAGGAUGGGGAGUUUGGGUUUGUGUGGGUGUAUACUCUGGUGAUGGAAGCUGGGACAUCCUGCCUGAUCACCCUGCGAGGACCAUGUCAGGCCUGACUAGUGAGGGGGAGGAAAGCCAGCCUGAGACGCGAAUGCAGGAUGCGGAAGCAGAGCGAUGGUAAUAUAUUUUGUCCCUACUCUGUCCCCUCCA